AUGCGAUUCUUACCCAAACAUUUCGAUCUUCUAGAAGAUUUCAUCGCACCUGAUCUUUACACGCCUAUCACUAGAAAUUCUCUUGCGAUCGAAUUCAAACAACAACGAUAUAAAAUGAUCCAGGAAGCGAAACGUACUUGGUUAAAUAUUUUCAUUCGUGUUCAUGAAACCAAGUAUCGUGACUAUGAAGAUCAAUAUCAAAGACAACUCAAACAAAUUGCAUUGGAUAGUUCCACACGCGCUCAUCUGACUACUUACAUCAAUCAUCGAACACAUCGAGUACAACAAGAGAUCUUCUCUGAAAAAAUACCAGUGUAUCGUCGAAAGUUAACACAUCUUCGUCGUCAACGUUUGAAGUCCAACCGGAAAACGGUCAAUGUCGCUCCGUCGGUUAUUCUUGAUAUUAACCGACAUCCAUUUACUCAUCGAGAAAUAGCAUAUCUUUCGAGAGGUCCGAAUUAUAUUCGACCGAAUCAGAGUACACUUCGACCAAGGAAUCAACGAGAGAAGCAAGUUGACCAAGAGGCAACUGAUUACAUGAAAAAAUUGAUGCGAUGCAUGGUCAAUAUGAAAGAUCGACCGAAAAUUCCGACGACAGCAUCGAUUUAUAAAUCAUAUGAAGAUCGUCUUCGAGCUGAUCUUCUUGUUCGAUAUCUAGCUCCAUUGCCUUUGAUCGAUCAAUUACGUGCUCGACGAGAAUUGAAAAUUGUCAAAUCUAUUCGACAAAAAUUAAAGAAAUAUCGGCUUUUACUGCGUCAAACAGACAAAAGUGGUGUCCUACAUAUUGGUCACGUUAAAGAUUAUGAACGGAAAGCAGCUGAAUACCGACAGAAAACGGGCGCUUAUGAAGAAUUAACGUCGAAUCCAUUCGCUGAUAUAUUCAAUCGAGUAAUACAAUUACUGAAUAACCUACGUUCAGCAGAUAAAAUCAAAGAAAAUCAAAAAACAAAAAUGAUGCCUAUUCGAGCGAAGACAGAAUUAGCUUACAUGUAUUUUCUACCAAAAACACAUAAAGUAAUGACAUAUACAUUUGAUUUUGGUCGAAUUCUAUGUUUCUUCUCUAUUUUAAAGAAAGGAACACCACUUCGACCCAUUAUCAAUACCAUCCAUGCAGCAACCACUGCAAUAUCGAAAUAUUUAGAUAAAUUAAUACGACCACUAUUUGAUAAACAUGUUCGCGAAACGACCAUUGUCGGCGGCGUUGAUCUUCUCGAUAAACUUCAAAAAUACACCGCCAAAGGUUAUUUAACUUCGUCGACUUUAUUAAUUACAUUCGAUAUUACAAAUUUAUAUACGAUGUUACCACAAGAAGAAUCUCUAAAGAUUCUUGGUGAAUUUCUUCGUGAAUAUCACUGUGAAAAAGCCAAUGGCAUUUCUAUUGAAACAUUAGUAGAAUUAGGUCGGAUUGUCUUGGAAGCCAAUGCCUUUGUUUAUGGUAAGAAAUUCUAUCGGCAAAUUAUUGGUGGUGCCAUGGGUUCAGCAUUUACAUUAACAUUGGCAAAUAUCUUCAUGUGGAAAUGGGAAAAGAAAACAAUGCUCUCAAAGCUACCAUCGUAUGAAUUGUAUGGACGGUGA